AUGGCUACAUUAAUUGUUCCACAAUCCAACGCAUCCACUAAUCUCUGGACCGAGGCUAUAGCCCAGUUACCUGCUGAACACAAGCACGGAAUCAACUUUGCUCAACAUGAGAAGAUCGAUAUUCUCAAAGAUCUACGCGAGAAGGCCGAAACAUCAAGGAAUCAAUUCAUGAAAUCGAGAUGGAAGUACACUCGCAAGAGCGGAGAAACGGUGAUAAUCAGGGAUGUUUUGGAGAAAUUUCUUCGAUGGCUUGAUGUGUUCAAGGAGAUUGGAGAUGUGGCUGUUCAGUACGAUCCCACGCAUGCUGCGCUUCCUUGGGCGGGUAUUCGCCUCAUCUUGCAAAUUGCCUUGAAUGAUACCGAAAAAAUGUCCUUGGUCAUGGAAGAUCUUACUUGGGUAUCUGAGCUGAUUUGUCGUUACACUAUCGUAGAAGCUCUGUAUAUCUACGAUUCAUCAGCGGCUUAUGAAGCGCUACAGAAAGCUUUAGUCAAACUGUAUUCAAAGAUUCUUCUCCACCUAUCUAACAUAAUAGCAUACUUUGAGCAGGGGACUGCAAAGCGAAUAAUAAAGAGCGCUCUUCUUUUCGACAAAUCGUUCGAGUCAUCUCUGGAUGAGAUUCAUAGAGCAGAAGCACAGGUAAAGAAUUGUAUAUCUUUGGCCGAAAGAAAUGAUAGUAUCGAGAAAAAUGAUAAGCUAGCAGCUCUACUGAACUCCAUGAAUGCUCCACUGAAAAGAAUCGAUCGAAAUCUUGAGCAUGUGCAAGACAAUCUUGAAAGAUCGGAGCGCACGAAAAUUCUUCAAUGGCUCUCUUCUGAACCUUAUAUGGGACACCACAAACAAGUCAAGAAAGAUCUCCUAGCAGGGACUGGGAUGUGGCUCCUGGAUCACGCUAUCUUCAAGAAAUGGAAGGACGACAGCGCAUCUUCCAUUUUAUGGCUCCAUGGGAUCGCUGGAUCAGGCAAGAGUAAACUUGUGUCGAUUGUAAUCGACGAUGCGAUGAAGAAUUUCCAGGCUCGAAAUAGCCCGCAACCAGUAUUCUUCUACUGUUCAAGAAAUCCAGCAGAGCCUUUACGGGCGAACCCCAGAGGAAUACUUGCUAGUAUUGCGCGCCAACUAUCAAACACUGAGUUAGGGAUGCCUCUUCUAAAACCUACAGUCGAUAUGUACAAGAGCGAAGAGAGCCAAGGGUUUGCGUCUGGACAGCCCGACAUGACAGAAAUUUGCGACCUCAUCACGGAGCUCAUCGAAAUCUACCCCCAGACGACGAUCAUCAUAGAUGCCAUGGACGAAUGCGAUCCAGAGACACGAUGGGAGCUACUUGAGUAUCUGGAGACAAUUCUCAAAAACGCAUCUAGGCUGGUCAAGAUUUUCGUUUCGAGCCGAAAGGACCAAGAUAUCGUAUUGCAGCUGAAGAGCUACCCGAAUCUGGAGAUAAACUCUGUGAUGAACUGCAACGAUAUUUCACGAUUUGUCAAGAACGAGACAGAACAGCUGAUUCAGCGUAGAAAGCUACUAUACCGUAGCGAUUCGCGAGAUGAGCUCAAGGAGCUGAUUAUUUCCAAAACGACCGCAAGUGCUCAUGGAAUGUUUCGCUGGGCCAGCAUGCAAUUGCAAUAUCUUUGUUUGUUCACUGAAGAUGACGAUAUUAGAUAUGCCAUGGGCCGACUUCCGCCCGAUCUGCGUGAGCAGUACAACCAAGUCUAUAACAAACUUUCAACAAUGCCAGGCGAUUAUCGACAGACCAUUUUCAAAAAUGCCCUGUGCUGGUUGUUAUCAGCUCAAAUCACACUUCGAACUAAUCAGUUCCUAGCCGCGGUAACGGCAAUUCCCCAUGAAGGCAAAAAUGCCCCAGUUUCUCAAGAAACGAUUCUUGAGUACUGCAACAACUUCAUCAUUCAUGACUCACAGCUUGACACCUUUCGCUUCGCACAUCUGUCCGUGCGAGAAUUUUUGGAAGGAAGACCUGAGUUCAGUAAACCAUCGUCCAAUAACUUGAUAGCGGAAGCUUGUCUCUGGAUCGUACUAUGUAAAAUUCCAACUCCAGCAACCCAGAAGCUCUUCCGUCAUGUUAGUUGGAAACCCGAGAUUGAGCCCUCGUAA